AUGAGCCAAAAAGAAAGAAUAAAGAAAGCUUUGGGAAUCUCUGUAUAUCCAUGGAGUUCUGAUGAGGAGUCAAAUUCUGAUGAACCAGCUGCACAAGCAACUGAGCAAAGUGUUGAACAGAUGGAAACUACAGAUCAGGCUGGCACUAGUGCUGUUUCACCAAAUGAAACUCCAAGUAGCGCAGCUGCGGCAGAUGCAAGGUCAGAUCCAGAAAACCUCAGAAGGUUAAGAAAUAUAUACUGGAAGAUGCUAAAUCUACCAAGGCAUAUGUUUGGCUCUCAGCAAAUAAACAGACGUGAUCUGGCCGAGAUGCGACGUUUAGGCGCUCCGAUAUCAAGUAUAGAGCGCGUGAUCGCUAUCAACAGAGUGUCCGAUUGGAACAGAUUGAGAAGAGGCCUCGCUUCAAAUUCUAAUAAUGCCGAAGAAGAAGAAUCAUCAUCUGAUGAUACGCCUCAAGACAAUACGACGGCUCCGUCAACUUCUAGAAUGACACGAAGAGGCGGGAGGCGCGUUAUGCUCGCUGGGACGAGUCAACAAGCCUCGUCGAACGAACGCGAGCGGCCGGAGCGGCCUGCGUCUGCUCCCGGAACAGAAGGCUUUCAAAAUCAAAGCAGCACUUUGGAAGCUAAUGAAAAUGAAGCAGCACCGGCGGAAGGGCAAGCGGCGGCUCCUUCUCCGCAAUCAGAAGAAGAUCAAUCGGAUAAUGAAGAAGAGAGCGAUGACGGCGAAAGAAGAUCUCCGGAAGCCAAUCCAGAGGAGGCGGCGGCCGAACCCCCGGCCAAUGCGGGAACUGCUGAAACGGUUGAAAAUGAACCGCGUCAGGCGAACGAGGAGGAAAACGAAGAAGAGAAUAAUGCCAGUAAUAAUUCUGAUGAAGAGCAACGCCGCCGACGCAAGAGGAGGCGGAUAGUGGGUCACGAGACCGCAAUCGCUCUGAAGAAAUUUAAUGAGAAGUUUCUACGCGUUCUGGAAUGUCCGGUGUGCCUGGAGUGCAUGGCUCCACCGCUGAGGCAGUGCGGCCGCGGACAUUUACUGUGCUCGCGUUGUUGCUCCCGUCUCAACUCUUGCCCUCUCUGUCGCACGGGACUGUCGUCGGUGCGCAACCGGGCGAUGGAGGCCGUCGCCGAGCUGUUGAAGUACCCGUGUCGCCACGGAUGCGGACAGGAGAGGCGCUUGAAGCACCGCGAGGCCCACGAGGCGAAUUGCUCCUCGCGGAUCUACAAGUGCCCCGCCACGUCGUGCACCGAAGGCUCCUCCAUGACUCUAGGGGACCUGCCGAGGCAUCUGCAGACGCGUCACCCGGCCAUGGUGAAACGCAGUCCCCGGCACACGAUGAGGGUCCCGAUGAACCAGGAACACCGGGAGAACAUGGUGCUCAUGGUGGGGCCGGAGAUGUUCCACCUCAGGCUGGACGUGGAGCAGCGGCGAGGACUCCACGUACACGUCGCGUACUUGGGGCCGGUCACGCGCGCGAAAUACUUCGCUUACGAGGUGUCGGUGGACGGAGACGAAAUGCGUAAACUCGUGUACACCCGCGUGACGCACAGCGACCUCGAGUGUUCGUCGGUGAUCUUGCGCCGCGUUGAUUGCUUCCACCUUCCCUUGGCCCAAGCCCCCAACUAUUUGCGCUCUCAGCCCAGGAACAGCGAGGCGAACGCGGGACAUUUGGAGCUCACCGUUCAAAUACUGGUGAACGAGCAGAGGUGUACGAAUCUCAACGAGCCGGGCUCCUGA